UGGACUGAAGCUUGGACAGGUUCUCAUCAUUUGGAGGUCCUAUUCCUCAUAGGCCUAUUGAGGACCUGGCGUACGCUGUUGCGAGUUUUAUACAAAGUGGUGGAUCUUUGGUUAGUUACUACAUGUAUCAUGGAGGAACGAACUUUGGCCGGACAGCUGGCAAUUUCAUUGCAACUAGCUAUGACUAUGAUGCUCCCAUUGAUGAAUAUGGUCUAGUACGUCAACCAAAAUAUGAUCAUUUGAGGGACUUACAUAAAGUUAUCAAGAAGUGUGAACCGAUUUUGGUCUAUGGUGAGCUCACAGUGGCAUCUCUUGGGGACAAUCAACAGUCUUAUGUGUACAGGUCAAAAUCGGGAGCUUGUGCUGCAUUUCUUGCCAACAAUGACACAAAGUCUAGUGCGAGUGUAACAUAUAAUGGAAUGAGCUAUGAGCUUCCUCCUUGGUCCAUCAGCAUUCUUCCUGACUGCAAAACUGCAGUUUAUAACACUGCUAGGGUUAGAGGCAACAAGGUGCAGAUGAAAAUGUCACGUAUUGGUGGAUUUUCCUGGAAGUCAUACAAAGAACAAACUUAUAAUGAUGAUAAAAAAGCGUUCAUGACUUCUGGAUUGUUGGAGCAGGUUAACAUGACAAAAAAUUUCAUGGAAUCUGAUAAAAACACAUUCACAGACACAGGACUGCUGGAGCAGGUUAAUGUAACCAGAGAUCGCACAGACUAUUUGUGGUAUACAACACAUGUAAAUAUAAGUGAAAAUGAACAAUAUCUGAAGAACGGGCAGUAUCUAGCCCUCACUGUGUCAUCUGCUGGUCCAUCUUUGCAUAUUUAUAUCAAUGGUCAACUGACUGGAAUUGCUUUCGGAGGUUUAGAACGUUCGACAUUGACAUACACUGGAAAUGUAAAGUUGCGCGCAGGCAUGAACAAGAUUUCGCUUUUAAGUGCCACAGUUGGUCUCUACAAUGGUGGGACACAUUAUGAGUCAUGGAAUUAUGGGGUUCUUGGUCCUGUUAUCCUCAACGGUCUUAAUGAGGGAAAAAGAGACCUCUCCUGGGGACAAUGGAUAUAUCAGGUUGGUUUGCAAGGUGAGGCUCUUAAUCUUUAUUCUUUCAGGGGCAUUUCGUCAGUUAAUUGGGGAGAAGCAUCUAAAGCUCAGCCCUUAACAUGGUAUAAGGCAUUUUUUAAUGCCCCUGAAGGAAAUGAUCCAUUGGCUUUAGACAUGAAUAGCAUGGGAAAAGGUCUGGUGUGGAUCAACGGUCAUAAUAUCGGUCGUUACUGGCCCAGUUAUAAAGCCCAUGGAGCCUGUAAUGGUUGUGAUUACCGUGGUCACCAUAAUGAGACAGUUUGCAUCAGUAAUUGUGGAGAGUCAUCUCAAAGAUGGUAUCAUCUUCCUCGUUCUUGGCUCAAUCCAACGGAUAACUUGAUAGUUGUGUUUGAAGAGUGGGGUGGUGAUCCGAAUGGCAUUUCUCUUGUAAAGAGAGUCGGAGAAUGAAGAACGACGAUAUAGAAGUUAAAAAUAUACUACAAUUUUAUAGAAUUUAAUUUACUCAAGAAAUAUACCUGUUAUGCACAAAUCUUGACUACAUUGGUCAUGAUAUUGGCGGGAAUUGCAAUAAGCCAACUUUUCAAAGUAUUUGAGAAGGUGUGUACAUAUUCGUGUAGAUUCUAUGGCAACUUGUGAAGCAUUAUAUUUAUAGUGAAGGUUGGAAAGAUAGAGAGGAGAUGAAAUGCAAAUGAGAAUACAUACUUGGUCUAGUACUUGUAAGUAACCUGUGUAAUUGAAAGCUUGUGAUCAUUAUUUUUUCAUUAUUGAUGAGUUGCGACUAUGAUUUAUUAA